UGACGUACGAUUACAACAGUGUCGUUUUAAAACAUUUUUCUAUGAGUUAUUACGCAUUCAGACUUAUUUUAUUUGUCAACCUGGUUCUAAAUGGAAAUGCCGAAAUCGAGAUUCUGGCUCAAGGCAUUGAUUCUCUGGGAAAUGAUGAUAUCGCAAUCGUUUUCUACGUAACUGUGAAAAAUAUCUGCAAAGAUGACCUAGAACUUUCUAUCAACAUGCUUCAAUGCUGCGAAUCCGUUAAUCCUGACGAGGUAGACUGUACUUCAAUGACUCUAAUUGGAGGCGACAUGGGAAUCUUACCAUCGAUGUACGUGAAAAACUUGACUCUCAUCUAUCCGAAUAUUUACUUGUUGAAUCGUCGUGGAGUUUGUUCGGUUAAUGUGAUUUAUUGCAAUCAGUUAAAGAAGAGGGAAAUUAGCACGGACAUUCAUUUCGACAGCAUCAAGGCAUGUCCAGGCAAGCACCGUCAAUCAUACUGCGAAACCAUCGAUUUGAAUUUUAACCAGAACUGCAAUCCUGUAGACUGUUUAAUGAAAUAUUCAGGUGCAAUUAGUUAUUUUAACCCUGAAUGUAAGCGCUGUCAGAAGGUACCAAUAUGCAACUCGAAAACCGAAAGAUGCUUCCCAGAUGUAGCAUACUCGCCGUACAAUAACGAAUGUGGAGAUCUCAACAUUCCAAUUUCAAAAAGAGAUCUGGAACGCAUUGAAAACACAGAUAAUACCCAAGUGAGCAUGGUUAAUGCUAUUUGUCAUUAUGGAAAAGUUUCUGAAAAUGGGGAAUGCUUUUGUCAUGAUGGUUGGGUUAGUACGACGAGUGAUGAAGGCAUGUAUGAGCCAGGUGUUGCUCAGCACCAUCUCUGUAACGUGCAAAUAGGAGACUGGAAUUGCGUCAACAGGUCUCGGAUUCGCAUCACGGCAAUAUUGAUAGCGAUUUUUGCGGUGACUGUGGUUUCAAAAGUGCUUCUCCUCAUGUGCGUCAUGACCUGGUGCUACAAACACUUCCGACAAUCCGGGAAAGCAUGCGUCAAAGAUCUAAAUCCCGAAAGUACAUCUAUUGUUUUAUGCGAAGAGCUGGAGGCGUUUGAGAAGUGUUUAUGUUGUGAAACGGACGAGAAUCACGAAAACCCGAGAAAAUCAAAAACACUCCACUCGCAGACGGUAAACGUGAGUUACUUUCCAUGUUCCCCCAGCGUGUUUUCCAGCAUGAGAACGUCCACCGAUUCAACAAAGUAUUCAAUAAAAAGUGGGCCGAGCAGGGAUCUAAGUAAUACAUCCAGUUCCGCCGUUAUAUCUUUUCCGGAUGGACAAUCUUCCCAGGAUUCUGAUAGUAACGAAAUUUUAUUUUGUGAAGAUGAAACAAGCAAUGAUAUCGCUUACGGAGUAUAUUGUGGUGUCAAUCCCGAAUUAAACGAAUUAGGAACCGAAUUGGAAGAAGAGGACCAGUUCGUAAAGGACAACAAAAGCGACGAUAUUGUGAAUGGUUAAUUAACAACUAAUAGCUAUUUCAUAAAGGGGAAUUUGCAAAAUUAUCAAUUAUAUUAUUCACUAAAUGUUGUUUUCGAACCCAUGAAAAGAGCAUAAUAAAGACAUUUG